AUGCAUUCAAUUGCAUUUCGAAUAUUAGCGGAGGAUUUGGCUCAAGAACAUGAGCAAGAAAUUUUGCAACAGAGGAUCAAUCGGAGAAACUUUCGAGACGCAGCAAAUCCACUUGAACUGCCUAAUUUCUUAUUUCAAAAAUAUUACAGAGUAAAUAAACCAGCGUUUAUUUACCUGUUAGAGGAACUACAACCAGCAAAGAAGCAGUUUGCAGUUGCUCCAAUUGUGAAAUUGAGCGCUUGUUUGCGUUUCUUUGCUGAAGGAGCUUAUCAGACAGGUGUUGGAAAAGACCACGAUGUCGCUCUAACUCAGCCUACCUUCAGUAAAGUGCUUUCUGAAGUUCUGAACAUUUUUGAAACGCAUUUGUGUCCUAAAUGGAUAAGGGUUCCAAAGACAUCGGAGGAAAAAAGAAAAAUAGCUGCAGCAUUUUAUGUUAAGCAUAACAUUCCCGGUGUUAUAGGAUGCAUAGAUAGAACGCAUGUUCGGAUUAUUGCUCCCAAAGAAAAUAAACAUAUUUACUAUAAUAGAAAAGGAUAUUAUAGUUUGAACGUCAUGCUUGUAAGUUGA